AUGGAAUAUAACAAUUUUCAAGAUUAUAACCAAAAAGAUAAUGCAAGUAAAUGGAUAGAAAAUGCUUUAAAUAAUGAAAAAAUUAAAUUUAUACCUUUUGACCAAUUAAAAAAUCUUAAACCACUUGACAACGGAGGUUUUGGAUGUGUUACAAUAGCUACUUGGUCUAAAACAGAAAAUUAUAUUGUUUGUAAAAAAUUAACUAAUACAACAUCCGAUAAAAACAGUAUAUUGGAUGCUUUUAUUAAUGAAUUACAAAUUCAUAUGCAUCUCAAUUCUAGCAAUCGAAUUAUAAAUUUUUUGGGUAUUAGUAAAGUUUCUCCAUUUGAAAAUUUCAUUAAUAAAAACGAACAAGAGCUUUACAUUAAAAUUAUAAAUGGAUAUCGUGAAACACCUAUAGAAAAAACCCCUGAUAGUUAUGAGAUACUUUAUAAAAAUUGUUGGGACCAUGUACCCGAGAAUCGACCAACUACUAAAACAGUGUUAGAAGAAUUUAGAAGAAUUGGUUUUGGAAUAGAUGUUGAAGAUAAUUCAAUUUAUAAGAAUACAAAUUCUCAUGAAAUAAAAAUAAGUAACAUCUCAAAUGAAGAUAGUAAACUUAGGGAAUUUCCUGCAAAGGAUACAGAUUUCUCAGUAGACGAGGCGCCGAAACAUCAUAGACUUUCUAAUGAGCACCCAAAUAUACGAAAUGUCAUUUCUAGCAUUAAAAAAAACAUUAGUGAAGAACAUGAAGAAUGGUUUACAAAUUGGGAUCAAAAAUGUAAUAGAAAGAAAAACACAAUUUAG